AUUUUAGUCCAAACAAAUAUCGUCUUUGUCCGAACAAGCCGUUCUCAUCCUCUUUCUCUCUCUCCUCCUACAUCUCCUCCCUGCUUUUCCGCCACCACCAUUGAUUCCUGCACCAGCAACAGAUUAACGGUUACCAACCAGAGAUAGUGAAAAGGAGAAAUGCAGACGACGAAGGCGCGGCGUAAAGUGGCUCCCUCCACGGGAGAUGGAGGCGAUUCGGCGGAGAAGUUGGACCAGCUGCUGCUGUCGUCGGCCAUAUGCAACGGGGAGGACUUGGGACCGUUCGUGAGGAAGGUGUUCGCGUCGGGGAAGCCGGAGACACUGCUUCACCAUCUCCGGCACUUCGCGCGGUCCAAGGAGUCCGAGAUCGAGGAGGUUUGCAAGGCUCACUACCAGGAUUUCAUCCUCGCCGUCGAUGACCUUCGAUCUCUCCUUUCGGAUGUUGAUUCUCUGAAAUCCUCUCUCUAUGACUCUAACUCCCGUCUUCAGUCCGUCGCUGGACCCCUGCUCUCUUCCCUCGACUCCUACGUCGAGGCUCAAAACGUGUCAAAGAACGUUAAUCAUGCCUUGUCUUCUAUCGUCUACUGUAUCAAACUGAUGGAGGUAUGCUCCAGGGCGAAUCAACAUCUUUCCAGUGAUAAUUUUUACAUGGCUUUGAAGUGCGUCGAUUCAAUCGAGACGCAGUUCCUUGACAAAACACCGUCCUCCACGCUCAAGAGGAUGCUCGAGAGCAAGACUCCAGCGAUUCGAUCGCACAUCGAGAGGAAGGUAAGCAAGGAAUUUGGGGAUUGGCUCGUGGAGAUCCGCGUGGUAAGCAGGAACUUAGGGCAACUGGCGAUUGGGCAAGCAUCGUCCGCCAGGCAGCGGGAGGAGGAGCUCAGGAUCAAACAGAGGCAAGCCGAGGAACAGAGCCGACUCAGCUUGCGAGAUUGCGUAUACGCCUUGGAGGAAGAAGACGAGGAGGAUGGUGUCAAUAGUGGUGGCCUCGUGGAUGACGGUAAGGAUGGGUAUAGCAAUGGUAAUAGUGGUUUAGGAUUUGAUUUGACUCCGCUUUAUAGAGCUUACCACAUCCACCAGACUCUAGGCCUCGAAGAUCGAUUCAAGCAGUACUACUUCGAGAACCGAAAGCUUCAAUUGACAUCAGAUUUUCAGGUAUCUUCAAUGACUCCUUUUCUUGAAUCUCACCAGACAUUUUUUGCUCAAAUUGCGGGAUUUUUCAUAGUGGAAGAUCGGGUUUUGAGGACUGGUGGGGGUUUGAUUUCGAAAAUGGAUGUUGAAAACUUGUGGGAGACGGCUGUUAGUAAAAUGUGUUCCGUGUUAGAAGAUCAGUUCUCUAGGAUGCAAACCGCCAAUCAUCUAUUGUUGAUUAAGGACUAUGUGAGUUUGUUAGGGGUGACUUUGCGAAGGUAUGGAUAUCCGGUUGAUGCCCUGCUUGAUGUUUUGAGCAAGCAUAGAGAUAAAUACCACGAACUACUGUUAUCAGAUUGCAGUAAACAGAUUGCAGAAGCACUUGCUGCUGACAAGUUCGAGCAGAUGCUUAUGAAGAAAGAGUAUGAAUAUUCUAUGAACGUGCUUUCUUUUCAGAUACAGACAUCAGACAUUAUACCAGCAUUUCCUUAUGUUGCUCCAUUCUCAUCUACGGUGCCUGAUUGUUGCCGAAUUGUGCGGUCUUUUAUCGAGGAUUCUGUUAGCUUUAUGUCAUAUGGAGGGCAGCUCGAUUUUUUUGAUGUUGUUAAGAAGCAUUUGGAUAGACUUCUGAGCGAAGUUUUAGAUGGAGCACUGUUAAAGCUCAUUAACACAUCUGUUCAUGGGGUUUCUCAAGCCAUGCAGGUUGCAGCAAAUAUGGCUGUACUGGAGCGUGCUUGUGAUUUCUUCUUCUGUCAUGCUGCACAGCUUUCAGGGAUUCCCUUAAGAAUGGCAGAGAGGGGUAGGAGACAGUUCCCAUUAAACGAUGCCCGAGAUAAAGCAGAAGAGAUGCUAUCUGGGUUGCUCAAACAGAAGGUUGAUGGCUUCAUGAUAUUGCUUGAGAAUGUAAAUUGGAUGGCUGAUGAGCCUUUGCAAGGUGGAAAUGAAUAUGUGAAUGAAGUUAUAAUAUACUUAGAAACUUUGGUUUCAACUGCGCAACAGAUAUUACCAGCUCAAGUUCUUAAAAGGGUUUUGCAAGAGGUUCUUUCCCACAUAUCAGAGAAGAUUGUUGGAACCUUGUUAGGGGACUCAGUUAAGAGGUUUAAUGUAAAUGCUAUCAUGGGGCUUGAUGUAGAUAUUCGGUUGUUGGAAUCUUUUGCAGAGAACCACUCUCCAUUGAUCACAGAUGUGGAGGCAAAUCAGUUGAAAAUGGCACUUGCAGAGUCAAGACAGUUGAUCAGUUUGCUUUUGAGCAAUCAUCCAGAGAACUUUUUGAAUCCAGUGAUCAGAGAGAGGAGUUACAAUACUCUGGACUACAGGAAAGUUGUUACAAUUUCAGAGAAGCUGAGGGAUCCUUCAGAUAGACUAUUUGGAACUUUUGGAAGUAGGGGAGCCCGGCAGAAUCCAAAGAAGAAGUCACUUGAUGCCUUGAUUAAAAGACUCAGGGAUGCAAGCUGAUACCACCAAGCUUAAAGUUACAGGUAGGCAAAUUCUAUGCUCUUUCUACCUCCUUCCCCAUUCCCCAAAGAAAAGGUGGGCAACCUUCUACUCUGAAUCUUUUUUUUGUAGGUAAGGAUGAUGGUCGGUACAAUUCAGUCUCGCAUGCUUGUAGUCAUUUGAGGUCAUGGAUCAACAAUGCUAUCUUUUGAUAGAGUUGGAAAA